AUGUCGAGCUCAUGCGCCCUGUCCGACAAGAGGAAAGCUCAGUCGAAAUUCGUCGGAUUGUCGGAGCUACCUCGUAUCCCGUUCCCUCCGCCCGGAGGUUCAAAAUCCUCCCAGCAAGUAUCGCCGGACAUUGCGAAAUCCUCACCGACGCGUGUCGUUCUCGACCAAGGAGUUAUCCGUGGGAAGCGCGUACAGUCCCCGUCGGACCGGGGCUUGGUGGCAUUUCUUGGAGUGCCUUUCGCCGCUCCCCCGCUGUCAAACCUCCGAUUCAAGAGACCUCAAGCCCAUCUCGGCUGGAAUGGUGUUUGGGACGGGACCGAGUUCAGAGACGUUUGCCCUCAACUGGACUACAGAGGCCGUCCUGUGGGGAGCGAAGAUUGUCUAUUUUUGAACGUGUUUACACCCGGUAUCAAGAAGGGAACCACGUUUCCUGUGCUGGUUUUCCUCCAUGGCGGUAAUUUCGAUUCGGGCAGCGGCAAUUACUACGGACCGCAAGCCCUCGUUGACCAGAACCUCGUCGUUGUCACCCUCAAUUACCGAUUGGGGAUUCUCGGUUUCGCUUCCACUGAAGACGAAGCACUUCCCGGAAAUCUCGGACUCCGCGACCAACUGCUGGCUCUGCAAUGGGUCCGGGAUAACAUCGCCGUUUUCGGAGGUCAACCGGAUCGUGUGACUCUAAUGGGUCAGGGCUCGGGCGCGAUUUGUGUCAUGCUGCACGCCGUCUCUCCUCAGAGUAAGGGGCUCUUCCACCGGCUCAUCGUGCAGUCAGGAACCCCCCUCGCUGAGUCGGCGCUCCACGUCAACGCACGCGAAACGCUUCAAAACGCUGCCGGGAGCCUCCAAAGUUGCGAAAUUUUGUCAAGUCAUGACAUUUUGGCUUGUCUCACAAAAACACCUAUCAGAGACCUGCUCCGACUCCAACAGGAGACAAAGAUCUUCGCCGAUUAUCCGGUAAAAUACACACCGCGAAUAGAUUCGGACCUCUCCGAUGCCUUGGUGCCCUCGAGCUUCUCGCAACUCCUGAGCUCAGGAGUCCCGGUCAAAGUACCGACGCUCAUCGGGUUCAAUAUGCACGAAACCGCCUUCUUGUAUCCCGAGCUCUUAGCGUUGCUGCGCACCGAGCUCGGAAGUGACCAGGAUUAUGUGAGGAAUAUUUUGCUGCCGAAGUAUUUCCGAACCGCUCUUGGCGUUAGGGAGCCUACGCGGGACCAGCUCGACGAAAUCUAUGAGAGCUACUUUUCUGGUAUCAAUUAUAAGGAUCACGACGGAAUCAUCCAAGCGUUCGUCAACAUGUCGACAGCUUCGCUGUAUUCGGUUCCAAUCUUGGAGACAGCGAUUAUGCUGGCGAGAUCGUCGCCGCAGACCUUCUUGUACUCGUUCUCUUACAGAGGAGACAUCAGCAUGCUCGAUUCGAAGCUUGGCCCGAGCGCGUCGAGACGUGUCAAUCUGGGCCCAUCGCACGGGGACGAGCUCUUGUACUUAUUCCAAGUUCUAGGAAACGGUUUGCGGCCCUCGACGAAUCUCGUCGAUGGAAUGAUAUCAAGGAGAAUGAUUCGGAUGUGGUCGGACUUCGCGCAUGGCGGGAAUCCCGUCCCCAAUCCUGACCCCGAGUACCUGCCCUUUGCGGCGUCGAGCCCUUCGAACGUGACCGUCUACCGUAUCGGGCGAUCUUUGCGCCCAUCACCCCUAGACGCGUUCGAAGCGGAAAGCGUUGCUCUGUGGAGAUCUGUCUUGCCGAAUGCGUACGAUGGCAGAGAGAGCUCUCAGACGAUUUCACAGGUUGCCUUGUCAGGAUCGAGUCUCGUGGAUCCUGUGUACCGCACCCUGGCCUACUCCAUGUUGACCGUUGCUCUGGCCCUCCUCGUAGCGGUGGGAGUUCUCCUCGUCAUUAUCUAUCGGCAAACUAAAAGCAGCACGUUCAUGUGCGGCAGUGCGGAGACCAGUUCCCGUGCCUCGCCGGACACUAGUUACCACAUAUACUGA